CGGGGCGGCUGUCGGCUGCGGGCGGCGCUCCCCGAACCGGCGGCGGCUCCGCUCUGCGCGCUCACUCCGCGCUGCCGCAGAACACGGCGCCCGCGGAGCCCGGGCGCUCCCUCCGCCGGCGCAGGCUGCUCUGUCACUUCAGAGCGAGCGUGAGGCUGAGGCGGCAGCAUCCCGGGCUUUUCCAGCGAGCGCCCGCCUGCAGCCCGGCACCUAUCGAAAUUCAGACGUCUUCGGAGAGGGGAGGAAGAUCCUCAUCUUCCGAAGCCUCCUCAAUGAGUGCCAAGCUCUCCAAGGAGUUGAGGCUGUCGCUGCCACCUUGUCUCCUGAACAGGACAUCUGCCACCUUAAACACCAGCAGCACCUGCAUCACGCAAGUGGGUCAACUCUUCCAGUCCUUCUCAUCCACCUUGGUUUUAAUUGUCCUGGUCACCCUCAUCUUCUGCCUAAUCCUCCUCUCCCUCACCACCUUCCACAUCCACAAGAGGAAGAUGAAGAAGCGGAAAAUGCAAAAGGCUCAGGAGGAGUAUGAACGGGACCACUGCACCUGCAGCAGCAAUAGCAGCAGCCGGCACCCUGGGACAGGGGUGCAGGGAGAGGCACCCCAAGGAAGAGACAGCCGGCUGGGAAGACCCCCCCAGGACUCGGAGAUCCAGCGCCCCUCUUCGUCAGCAGCCCCAAGCUCCCAGCAAGCACGGGCUUGUUUGGACACAGCUGGUGCCGGGCUCCUGCAGACGGUGAUUUUGUCAUGAUGGUUUAGGGGGAGACCUCGCGAAGGCACUGGUUUGUGUUUGUAAAUACCUGAGUGAUUAUUCUAGCCCCCGAAGAAGAAAACAUUUCUAGUUAAAAUGAACGAACAAGCCCAUGAUCCAAGCGCAUGACAGAUCACAUUGCGUUUCUCAUUGACUGUGUGAGGAAAGGAUGCUUCUUUUUACUGGAGAAGAAGCUGCACACAGCUCUAAAUACUAAGUCGUCCACCUGGAGGAGAGGGUCAGGGGUGUGGGGGAUCCCUUUUCCCUGCACAUCAUUACCCUGAGGACCGGGACAGUCCCAGUCUCUUGGGAUUCCCACUGCACCCUGUGUCACCAUUGCAUGGUGUGGGGGGAGAGGCAGGUCUGGCGGGUGCCUUGGGAUCCUCUGUCCCCUUGGAGCAGAGCAACAGUCCACCCUGGUCUCUCUCCUUUUGUGCUAGGACCUAUGCCCCUGUCCCACCCCUCUCGCUCUUUUCCAGGACUGGCUAUUGUUUUGUGUAGAAAUGGCCACCCCUAGUUGGGCUUAACUGCAAGUACCCUCCAGCCCCACAGCCCCGUGCCCCAGCUGCAGUGCUGAGUAUCCCAGCGUUGGGGGGAAUGGAGCCAGCUAUGUGCACAGAGCGAUGCUGAGCUUUCCUCUCCCCUCAGCUCCCUUCAUCUUCAAAUGCCCCCCAUCCCCAUCCCCAUGCCAUGAGCCCUGAAACCCAAAUCGAGUACUGUUUUGUGUGGCAGGAUGAGGUGAUGUGCAGUAACUUGCCCAUCCUCUCCCAGGGGAGGUUGUCCUUGUGCCUCCUGUUGGUCCUGAAACAAUCCAGUUCUGCACCAGGCACCCUGCUCCGAAUGCCUGCGUUUACAGCUUCGCCUCCCAGCAAGAAAUCCUGCAGCAGUAUUGAGCUGGCUUCUACUUUUUUAGGCUGAUAGAUAUUUUUAACCCUCCCAAUCUAGUAGACAGUUAGGGACAGACAACACUUAGUUUUCUCCCUUUUCCCCUCUUGGGGAACAAACCAUGCAGUUGUGCAAAAUGUCCGCUCCUAUUUAUUUUGGAAGUGGCUGGUGUAGUUUCUCCUUAGCAAGCACCAGGAGUUUUUUGCCAUCCAUGGAUGGCAGGUGUGAGUGGCUGUUAGUGCCGUGUGUGUUGGUUGGAGCAGCAUCGGGUACAGAAACUGUGGCUUUGCUUAGUGAUUAAAUCAAUGACCAUUGCUUGAAGGUGCCUUAACACAGUGCCAUAUCCAAACUUUGAGUCGUCUUGUGUGGUAUUGUAGCAGAGGCAGCCCUCUACUGUACAUAUUAACAUCUGAAAAUAUAGCAAAGAAGAAGUGAUCCCGAGAGAUUUCUCUUUUUUUAAAUUAUUUUUUUCUUUCUAGCCUGGCAUUCAAAGUGAUCUGAGGAGAUAGUUAUAGCCCACAGCUUUUAGUAUUUUGUAAUCACUUACUCCCUCUCUGCUGUACUCUGCCUCCCAGGGUGGCUGUUUGGCUACAAAAAUCCCGGGGAGAUGUGUGGCACUAAGCCGGGAGUGAAUGCCAUUAACCAAUUUAAAACUGGGAAAGAGGGUGGCAGAACUGCUCUGUAAUCCCCUCAUAGCCCCAAAAUGCAGAGAUUUCAGGGCAGUGUUUCUGUUACCUGGGUUUAUCCCUUUCCAGUCUUGCCUGGUAUGAUGGGAAAUUGCUGUUGAGUUUGCACCUGUGCCUCCAGUGUUUUAGGCAAGUCCUGAAUUACCCAGCUCACGGAGCUGCUCCACCAGCUGAGGUUAGUGUGGCAACUGUUCCUGCAGCCGAGUGGGGUUGUGCACAUUGCAGUUUGAUGGGAGCGAUGGCUGACUCUCGCCCUCAGCUCGUAUGAUCAGAUGCUAAUGGCUUCCUGGUUGUUGCUGGGUGAAGAAAUUGGCGUUGUUUUGUUUCCCCUAAUAAAGGAUGCAUGAACUUUUGUGUUUAACCUCCUUAUGCAACUGCAGCACAGUAUUGCACCACAGGGAUUAGAUUUAGGACAAUGAAAAGCGUUCAGUGAGCAGUAAUGGAGCUUCCUGAUCGUUGAUCUCCACUAAAUAGAUAUUACUUUCCCCUUUAUUUUGUGCCUUUAAACAAGACAAGACAAAAAACAAACAAAAAAAUCACCAACAGUGUAUAAUUUUAAGUUUUAUAAAAGCAGUAAGAUGUUCCAAAUUACUCCAGUGCAUUUCUGGUUGAUGAUUCCACUUCUUUAGUGUCUGAAGUCAGAUACUCUUCCUUCUGCCUUAUGCACUCAAGGCAUGCAAUAAUUCCCCAGAAGUGUGCUGCUUGUCACAUCUCAUUGCAGUUAUGAAAUUGCCCUAUUUUUAAAGAGAAAAAGAAGGAUGGAGAUAUAUAUAUAUCUUUAUAUAUAUUAUGGAUAUACAGGUAUAUAUAUUAUUUAUACAAUCUCAUGGCACUAAAAGUAGUUGCAAAAAUGUAACUAGAAUUAAAAUCUUUUAUCAUGUAAAACUCUAUCCUCUGUUAAGUAGCUUUGAUUUAAUAUUUUAAUAUCUCUGUAUUUAUGUAAAUCUGUGUAAAUUAUGUGGUCUAUAAGUAAAAUUUCAUACUGACUUUAAUUUUCUCAGAACUGUGAGCUUCUUGUGGUGUCAUUUAAGGUUUGGUUUUUUUUAUUUCUGAAGUUAAAUUCUACAAAAUAUAAGAAGUUAUAAAUUCCUAUUAUCACACAGAACUGUUCGUGUGUACUUCCAGUACACAAUCCUAUCUUGAAGUACUGCAAGCUUACGAGGUUUAAUUGAAUGGUCUCAGGAGAUCUAGCUGAUAGAAGCAGGACACGUAGGUUUUCAUUUUCAUGAAACAAUAAGCAAUCUAGGGAAUAGAUGUGGAUUUUUAAAACAGAGUUUAUGCAUGGAGGUUCUGUCAAAUCAAUUGCUUCAAAACCCUACAGCUACAGCUAAACUUCUGCACUUAGCAUUCAGUAUUAAUAAGGCUGAUGCUUCUUUCCCCUCCCCCUGCUGCUUAAACUAGAAAAGUGUACGAAAUCGUUCAUAUUUCUAAAGCAUACAUUUGCAGCUAACUGUAAAACUGCCCAGAGGGUUUUGAAUAUACAUAUUUUAUGCAAGUAUAAUAUCUAUGUCUCUGUAUCCAUAUAUUUAAAUAUUUUUGUGUAACCUUUUCUACGAUAUUUGAUAGAGGUGCCGGGUGAAUGCUUGUACCAUUCUCCUAUGUAAGGAAGGAUUUAUACCCUCUUGAUGCAGACAUUCUUUUUCCUGUGAAUUUGCACUGGUUUCAGCAAGUUACGAUGGAGACUGGGCAGCUGAGUGCUGACUGCUGGAAGCACAGACAGUCUUUCGUCUGUUCAAGAGCAUAUCCUCCAGCCGGAUUUUCCUGGUUCGGAAUUGGAGACAGUUACCCACAAGCAUCCUGCAUGUGUAAGAAUAAGAAGUGCUGUGGUUCUCGACAGUUCCUGUCCAGUCCAGCCAUCAUCCUGCGGAAGAAGCAUGACAGCAGUGAGUUGGUUUGUAGAUCUUAGUGAGAACUUGGAGCCUGCUGGGCGAUACCAUGGCAGAGCUGGGGCUGGAUCAGGCUGUUGGCAAUGCCUCGUCCUGCGCUCUCAUCCUCAGAGCCUGCUGCUGCCCUGGGUCUUCAUCCAGCUCCCACUGGCACCAACAGGAGAGGCUUCCACUGACUGCCAAGGGACUUGGAUUCUGUCUGAGGUCCACGUGGAGGGUGGCAGCGCUCCAUAUGACCACCAUGGGCCCUGCUCUGCAUCUGCCCCAUCAACCUCCAUGGGGAUGGAAACCACUGCAUCCCACAAGGUCUGGGGUUCUUCAGCCUGGUGGCACUGGGGAACCUGCGCUGCUACAGUCAGAUCUGCUUCUACAGACUGAGGUGUUUAGGUUUCUACAUGGAUCCUGUGUGGAUCAUGGACAGGGAAUGUCUUUUCAUUAAAAUGUGUCAUUCCAGCAUUUUUUUCUGGAGGGGUUUGUCUACUGGAAGUGUAGUCUCAGAUGAAAUUUGCAGGCUCUCCAUCCAGACAUGUUACAGCUUUUGAUACAUCUCUCUUAGACAUACAUCUAUAUAUAUAUAUAUAGAUACAUAUGUCGGAAAAAAAAAAGAGCUGGACAAAAAGCAAGGAACAGAGACUCCACAUUAUAGACAAAACUGUCCUAUGACUAAAAAUGGGGGGCGGGGAGUGAGAUUAUUUUAUUUUUAAUUAAUGUUAAAGGCUACUAUCUUUAAUGUAAAUAGCAAGUUACUCUGUGAUUAAUGUUUUCCAUAGCAUUUCUAAGUACUUGCUAUCUUGUUUUUGGAAAAUUAUGUCCAGUGUUAUGAAGCAACUGUGCUUUUCUUCUUCUGUUGUUAUGAAUAUGAGUGUAACUUUUAUGUAGGGAGGAAAAAGAACAUGAUUUGACUCUUUAGACAGGACCGAAUUAUUUUAAAUCCAGUUAUAGGACUUUGUUGGUUUUUUUCUUUCUAGUGGUUAUUUUCUCUGCACGUUUGUAUUUUUCUAUGGGUACUUGAAAUCCUACAUUUUAAUAAGUACGCAAGGUAUGAAGGGAAACAUUAACAAUGAAGUAGGAAACAUUCAUUUUCCUGUUUUGUGUAAAUUGCAAAAUUUAUAAUGACUUAGAUACCAUUUCAUUACAUUUCUCAUCAAUGUAGAAGUUGGCAUGACCCAUAUAAAAACCUUUAAUAGUGCUUUUGUUUAUGUUAAAAAUUAGAACUACUUUUAUCCAUGACUGACUUUCUCAUCUCUUUCUGGUAUCUAACUCUUUUUUUCCCUGAAGCCAAGUUUUCCAUCUGAUUGCUAAAUAAAUUUCUAGUAGAA